AGCCCAGUUCGACUCGACCAUCGCGACCGUCUUUGGUUUUUUCUUCUCUCUAUUUUUCUAUCGAGAGUCGAGAGAGGUCUGGUUACUGGGUCGAAGAGUGAUUGUGUUUGGGAACAAUCUCAUAAAUCUAUAGAGUUUUGAGUUUGUUUUUGGCGGCAAAAGAUGUCGGGUAAAGGCGCCAAGGGUCUGAUUAUGGGCAAGACCUCUGCGGCCAACAACGCCAACAAGGAUAAGGACAAAGACAAGAAGAAACCCAUCUCUCGUUCUUCUAGAGCCGGCCUUCAGUUCCCUGUUGGUCGUAUCCACCGUCUCCUGAAAUUGAGAACCACAGCCAACGGGAGAGUUGGAGCUACUGCGGCAGUUUACUCUGCUGCAAUCUUGGAGUAUCUAACUGCAGAGGUUUUGGAGUUGGCCGGAAAUGCAAGCAAGGAUCUCAAGGUGAAGCGUAUCACUCCAAGGCAUCUUCAGCUUGCCAUCCGUGGUGAUGAGGAGCUUGAUACUCUGAUCAAGGGAACUAUUGCUGGUGGAGGAGUGAUCCCCCACAUCCACAAGUCGCUCAUUAACAAGUCAUCCAAGGACUGAGCUUACCAUAGGUUUUUGGCGCAAACAGGAAGCGACUUUUUCCUCCUACAACUGAAAAACACAGUUGUUCUGUUCUUUUCUGAGCAGGAUAAUGGCCGUGCUUAAUUUGUUGUUAGUGGUAUUUCAUUGUGGAUGAUGUUAUAUGAGAUUAUUUAAUUAACUUAGUUUUUACUUUAGAAAUCAGGUUCUUUUGUGAUGGUGUCAUUUCAUGUUUCCAGCUAGAAAAGCCACGGGAGAUCAUGUUCCGAGUCUCCUUUGUUAUCGACUUAAUCUUCUAUAUGUAUUAGAUUUUGUAGAAAUCGCACGCAAUGACUUGUCCUCUACAAUUUAAUUGUAGUCUUCAAUUAUAAAUUUUUCUAAUCUUUUAUUAA